AUGGCACCGCACACAUUUCUCAUCACAGGUGCCUCCUCUGGCAUCGGCUUGCAGAUUGUCUAUGCUGCCCUUGAAGCCGGUCAUAAAGUGUUGGCUGCUACUCGUAACCCUCAAUCAGCUGCUGUCAAAUACCCAAUUGUUGAACAACAAGGCGGCAAAUGGGUUGAGAUAGAUGUCGACAAACGAGAGACGGAGACUGUUGUAGAGAAACUUGUUCAGGAGAAUAACGUUAACAUAUUGGUCUGCAAUGCGGGAUAUGCCAUGCUAGCGGUUUGUCUAACCAUUGGUAGCAUCGAUGAGUUUGAAGCCCAAAUCCAAACAAACACUAUUGGUGCCGUGCGCUGUAUCAAAGGAGCCCUACCUCACUUCAGAAGAAAGGCAGCAGGCACCAUUGUGAAUGUCAGCAGUCUGGCUGGCUUCUAUGGUGCUCCUGCAACAACUGCUUACUCGGCUUCCAAGUUCGCCUUGAGCGGCUUUACGGAAGCCCUGGCAACUGAAGUCGGCGUGUUCGGCAUUAGGGUUUUGCUUGUCGAACCAGGCUCCUUCCGGACGAAUUUAGUCACAAAUCUCGUGGUGCCUGCUCGAAAGCUCAGUGAUUACGACGGUACUCCUGCGCGAGGGCUUGUGGAUUACCAACAUACAUCGAAUGGACAGCAGCCAGGAGAUCCUGUCAAGGCUGGAAAGCGUAUUGUGGAUGUUGCAACUGAUACAGCAGGAGAAGAUUUGGCAAAGAGAGGGAAAGGAGAAGUCUUGAGGGUUCUCCUUGGAUCAGAUUGUUUAACUGUUGCUAAACAGAAGCUGACGAAGAUGGAAGAGCAGUUGAAUGCUAUAGAAGAUAUUGCGAGGAGUACGGACUUUGCUUAG